AUGCUGCGAGACUGGUGUAGGUGGAUGGGUGUCAAUGCCCAGCGCUCAUUGCUCAUCCUGGGCAUCCCUGAAGACUGCAAGGAAGAUGAAUUCCAGGAAGCAGUGCAGGCUGCCCUAUGGCCCCUGGGCAGGUACCGAGUGCUCUGUAAGACCUUUCGAAAGGAGCUCGGGGCCAGGGUAGCUUUAGUUGAGUUCGCUGAAUAUUUAAAUCGAAAUUUGAUCCCCCAACAAAUACCAGGUAGCAGGGGCCCAUGGACUGUGAUCUUCCUGCCCCAGGCUCCUGAUGCUGACUUCCAGGAUACUCCCAAUUUCCCUGCACAGCCUCAGGGGAGAGCAGUGGUAGGAGCUGCAAGAGCUGCAGGUGAGGCAGGAGCUGCAGGUGACGGAGGAGUUGCAGGUGAGGCAGGAGAUGCAGAUGAGGCAGCAGCUGCACGUGAGGCAGCAGGAGCUGUGGGUAUGGCAGGAGCUGUAGGUGAGGGAGGAGCUGCAGGUGAUGGAGGAGCUGCAGGUGAUGGAGGAGCUGCAGGUGAGGCAGGAGCUGCAGGUGAGGGAGGAGCUGCAGAUGAGGAGGGAGCUGCAGGUGAUAUGGGAGUUGCAGGUGUGAUAGGAGCUGUAGGUAUAGCAGGAGCUGCAGGCGAGGCAGGAGCUGCAGGCGAGGCAGGAGCUGCAGGUGAGGAACGAGUCUUGGAUAUGGCAGGAGGGACAGACGACGCGGGAGCCCGGACCCAGCAGUGGAGCCAGGCCCUGCAGCCUGUCCUGGAAAACAUGGCCUAUGAGGAGCUGAGAAGCUUUUCUGGGAUUGAAGAGCCAGCCUGUGGGGAAGACUCCUUCGAGAGCUGGCUGGAUCAUGCCAACGACAUGCUGUACCUGUGGCGCCACAUAUCUGAGAGGGAGAGGAGGAGGAGGCUGGUGGAGAGCUUGGGUGGGCCCGCCCUGGAUCUCAUGUGUGGGCUCCUGGAAGAACACCCAGACACUCCUGCACGGGACUGCCUGGCCGCGCUGGUGCAGGUGUUUGGGAACAAGGACACCCGGAUGACUGCACGCCAGAAGUUCCUGGCUUGCUCUCAGCGGCCUCAGGAGACUCUCUUUGCCUACGUGAUGCGCUUGGAAGGCCUGCUGCAGGUAGCCUUGGAGAAGGGGGCCAUCCAUCCGGCUAUUGCUGACCAGCUGCGAGCCCAGCAGGUGCUGAUGAGGGCCCGACCAAACCAGAUGCUCCAGAACAACCUGAGGAGGAUGCGUCUGGAGAGGAGGCCACCCGGCUUCCUGGGGCUUCUCCGGCUCAUUAGGGAGACUGAGGCAUGGGAGGCUGCCCUAGCUAGGAAUGAGCAGGUGGAAGGUGAAGAGGGAGCUGAAGUUUACCAAGGAGAUCUGGCUGCUGCCCAGGCUGCACCUGACAACGAAGAUAAUGCUGAGGCCACUCCAUCCAGUGAAAAUGCCAGUGAGGCAGCACCUGCCAUUAAAGAGGCCAAUACCUCCCCUGCCACUCAGGAAAAUGAAGAUGCUUUUUCCCCUGCAGGUCUAGGCCAGGCAAGAUCAGUGGAGGCCUUCAGUGGCCUCACCCCAGCCCAGAUGGGCAGUGCUUCUGAUGCUAGCCCAGGAGGGCCUGGUUUGGGGCCAGAGAGCCUCCUCCAGGGGGAAAAUCAGGAGGCCGAGGAGCCCCUGCUGGAGGGGCUUAAGGACAUCCUGGAAGAGUUGGGAAACAAGGAUAGGGCUGGGGAGACGAGCGACCCCAAGCCCUCCUUGGGCAAAUAG